GUUGUCGGUCCAGGGACAGUUCUCAUCAGUGACCUUUCUCGUCAGCCUCCCGAAUCGGGAUCCUGUCAUCGGCGUGAGGAUGGGGACGAGCGGGGCGGAUCACCUCCGCCAGAUCGUGGAGGAGACGGACUGGUACAAUGGGAUCGUGCUCGACGCGGUCGUACCAGGCGGCGCCUGGAAGCGCCUCCCGCGGCCACUCCAGUCCUGGCUGCGCAAUUACAUCGGUGGCACGGCUCUCUAUUUGGUUUCUGGUUUUCUCUGGUGCUUCUACAUUUACUACUUGAAGCGCAACGUAUACGUCCCCAAGGAUUCUAUACCUUCGAACAGAGCCAUUUAUCUACAGAUAAUAGUUGCAAUGAAAGCUAUGCCCUGGUUCUGUGUUCUCCCAACACUUUUAGAAUACAUGGCUGAAAAUGGAUGGACGAGGUGUUUUGCUAGUGUCGGAGAAGUUGGUUGGCCGGCUUAUUUUGUGUACCUGACGAUAUAUCUAGUCAUCGUCGAGUUUGGUAUAUACUGGAUGCACAGAGAAUUGCAUGAAUUAAAACCUCUAUACAAGUAUCUUCAUGCAACACAUCAUAUCUACAAUAAGCAGAAUAUGCUUUCUCCUUUUGCUGGAUUGGCGUUCCAUCCAUUGGACGGAAUACUACAAGCUACGCCACAUGUGAUAGCCCUCUUCCUUGUCCCAACCCAUUUCACGACUCUCAUACUUCUCAUGUUCUGUGAGGUUGUCUGGACUGCAAACGUCCACGGGUGCAUCCAUGGCAAGAUUUGGCCAGUUAUGGGUGCAGGCUACCAUACGAUCCACCACACGACGUACCGACACAACUACGGGCACUACACGAUAUGGAUGGAUUGGAUGUUUGGAACUCUUCGAGAUCCUGAGCAGGAAUUCAAAAAGCCAGAUUGAUGCAGGUCCAGUGAUCGUCUGCUGUUUCGCUCUGGGUACG